UCUUUUAAUGUUUGAAGUUCCAACACCAUCAUUCGCAAAGUCCGGUAGUAGGACAGUUCCUCCGGCACAAUUUACCAUUGAUUAUACAACAUCAUUGGAAAAUAGCAAUAUCCUGAAUCCUCAGCGCCCUCAUAAGGAUACUCCAGUUAGCUCGUUGGAGCAGGAUUCAAAUAAUGAAGCCAUAAAGACGCCCUUGCAUAGAGAGGAAAGAAUACGUCGUCCUCCAAAUUCUUUCCUUCUUUAUAGGCAAGCAAAACAAUCCGAGAUAACAA